AUGAAAGUUCGAGAGAGGAGACUGAAAGUUGGUACUGAUCAACUGGAAUGUUCUCCAGAGCUUGGAGUUGAUCAAUCUAACGGAGCAGAAGCACACGUGAAAAGAUUUGCGAAAAGUGAGCGACUGCCUAGGGCUUCCAGGAGCCUCGGAGAGCUGGUGUUGAUCAAGCCGACAAAAAGGACUGGACUGAACAGAAGCACACGCAAAAAUGACUGGGAAAGGUGGGCGGAUUGGAUGGAUGAUAUGCGUGCAGGCGUCUUUUAAGACUCUCGGGAUCGGGAGGGCUGUGCUCGUCGAGCGCUGUGUGUAUGUGUGUGUGUGUGUGCGCUGUGUCUCGUCGCUUGGUCGAGCUUUUGGGGUGUGGUGUCCGUCGGCGCGGCCGCCAAGACUGGUUCCAUCAAGCCUCGUCUUCUCCGUCAGUACCGUCUUCGGCGUGA